UGCACGGAUUCGGGGCUUAUUGAUGAUGAGACCAUUAAUGAAUUAUUAUAUUUCAAAUGAAGCUUCCUGUUACCGGCGUAUGAUAAGCCAGCCAACAAGCCAGAGUGUACUCGGUCGAUCGAGAGCCUCUUAAAGGCGGCUCCGGUGGCCGCCGAUCGUCACUCAAUCACUCCUCCAAUCGGCCGGCGAAUCACCAACUUACUUAAUGAGAACCAGCUUCUUCAGCCGGCGUACGGCACUGAGAGUUCGGCAGGCGGUGAUCUCCGCCGUCGGAUCCGCCAAGAUCAAGCUUGUCCUCUGCGGAUGUUUAGCCAUCACUCUCAUCGUAUUCGUUAGCCGAGCUUCGUCCUUCACAGGAUGGAACGAACAAGCCGAGUCUCCUAAUCUUCUACCCGGUCCAAGCAAAGGCUAUACAAUUUUGAUGAACACUUGGAAGAGAUAUGAUCUUCUGAAGCAGUCCAUUUCUCACUAUGCAGAAUGCAGUGGGCUUGACUCCAUACACAUAGUUUGGAGUGAGCCUGAUCCUCCAUCAGACUCUCUUAUCAAAUAUUUGAACCACAUUAUACUGUCAAAUUCUAGAGGUGGACGCCAAGUCCAAUUGAAAUUUGACAUCAAUAAGGUGGAUAGUCUGAACAACCGAUUCAAAGAAAUUAAGGAUCUUGAGACGGAUGUUGUCUUUUCAAUUGAUGAUGACAUUAUAUUCCCUUGCUCUACUGUUGAAUUUGCUUUUACUGUCUGGCGAAGUGCACCAGAUGCCAUGGUGGGAUUUGUGCCUCGUCUACACUGGACUGACAAAUCAAAACGAAAUGCAGAGAAUUUCAUUUAUGGAGGAUGGUGGUCCGUUUGGUGGACAGGUACAUACAGUAUGGUUCUAUCAAAGGCAGCCUUUUUCCACAAGAAGUAUCUUACCAUGUAUACAAAUGAGAUGCCUGCAUCCAUUAGAGAAUUUAUAACUAAGAACAGAAACUGUGAAGAUAUCGCCAUGUCUUUCCUUGUGGCAAAUGCAACCAAUGCUCCCCCAAUAUGGGUGAAAGGGAAGAUAUAUGAGAUUGGUGCAACAGGAAUUAGUAGUUUGGGAGGUCAUAUUGAAAAGAGGUCACACUGUGUUAACAGGUUCGUAGCUGAAUAUGGGCGAAUGCCUUUGACAUUAACUUCCAUGAAAGCUGUUGACAGCCGGAAUGUCUGGUUCUGGUGAUUUACCCACACCUAACCGAUCACGUUUUUCUUUUUUGGCUUUUCCAGCCAGUCCCAUUUCCACUAGUAAGUAAGCUUUUGUAUUUCUGGUAAUCUGAUAUAGAAAACUCUACUAGUUUGUUUGUAUGGUUAUCUCAUAAUAACCCUCAACCCAGUAAUAUCCCUUUGAUUGACCCCUGUGCUCUGGUGCAAUAGUAAGUAAGAUGAAACACCAUAAUUCAGCCAGCCAUCCAGCCAACCAUGUAGAUUUCAGGUGAAGUGGUCAUGUUAGUGGUUUCUUAUUCUUUUGAUUCUUGUUUUGUAGUAGACCAUACCAUGCAUUUGGACAAAUGAGUAUAAUUUUUUACACUGCUGCUAAUUUUCAUAGUCAUUAUAUAUAUAUAUAUAUAUAUAUAUAUAUAU